AUGAUUAGUGUGGCCUUUGCCAAGAAACGAAACGCAAUCGAUUAUAUAUCGCCUCUCUCCCCUUCUCUUAUUAAGUUCUUAAAAUUGGCCCUGUUCGAUCCCAAGGAUGGCCCCAGCGAUUGGACAGAUAGACCUGCUCUAUUUUACUGGAUAAGUAGUCUCAAUGACCCUGAUGCGUUCUUCGAGACCUGGGUUGAGGAAUUAUACCCCGGUCGGUUUGUGUGGCUCUAUUGCGCCACAGGGUAUCUCAUGGGCGAUGAGAGGGGUAUUUUGUACGACCAGGAAGAAUCUCUAGCAGCCUUCGUAGGCUAUAAAUUCGAGGAGCGUCCAAUGUGUAUCCACGGCUGGGGAUUCAAGCCACUAGAGGUCAUUCUCGAAUCCUAUCUCGACAUGAUUGACGAAGGCAAGGUCACCCUGAUGGGUCCUGACCCUCCGAACUGGCCGACCCCUAUUAAGCCAUGGGUUCUCCAUUCAUAUACCAACGUCGAUGUAGAGAAAGCCUUGUCUGCUAUGCAGAGACUCCUGGAGGCUAUUGAGGCCCGCCAACCAUCCCGUGAAGCAGCUGACUCCUACAAUCCUUGGUCCGACCCAAGCCUGCUUGCCUCAAUCAAUCUACCACCAAAUACUUUUGCGCAUGACUUUCUCAUGGGUCUCUCCACACAAAAGAUCCCCUUUCGCUAUAUUGCACCUGGCAUUCGACUACCAACUGUCGCAGAAUUCGCCAACCAACCUUACCUCGGCUCCUAUCCAACGAAUGAUCCAACAUCACUGCCCCUGCUUCUUUUCUAUACGGAUGGUGAGAAGGGCCUUGGCCAUGGGCUUCAUCCUCUUUCCCCACCGCCCCCGCCACCGACCUCUCAACCACGUAGCGAUACUCCAGAGAUCCCAGCUGGGGUAUAUAUAGAAACUAUCCAUUCAAGGACAACCCGUGCCUUUUCGAAUGCGUGUUAUCUUCUCUUACCUUUCAAGGUUGGGGAAAACGGGUGGACUCGCACUAGCGAUGGAGCUCAAACUGGGAUAGUGAUAGAAGAUGAAGAAUCCCAACCUAAAGGCGAUGAUGAGAGUCUCUACCAGUCGGGACUCAACGGCUUCAAUGAUCGUAGUAAUGUUCAGUUAGAUAAAGUACUGAUACGAUGGGCGCAGAUGGUGGAGGCUGGUGAGUGGGAGAUUGGAGAUGAUGGGGUGGUUGACAAAAUUCAAAGGUUCAAGGAUGCUGAUACGGAGAUGCAUUGGUAUAAGUAUUGCAUUCCACCUAGUUGGUGA